AUGGGUGUUAGUGUUUCAUAUUUGUUGUUGGUGGUGGUGAGUUUAUUAGUGUUGUUGAUUAAUGUGGGUGUGGGACUCCCAGUAGCAGGAUCAGGUUUUAAAGAGAGGGUGAAGGCCUCUGAUUCUGAAGCAGAAGCAGAAGCAACAGCAGCUUCUUCUAUGAUACCCAGUCGCUUUCGAUCUCCGCCGCCGCCACCUCUGUUUAAUCGUCCUCGUGGCCAUUUCGCCUUAAUACCUCCUCCUCCUCCUCCAGAGACGCCAAUGUUGCCACCACUGCAGCCAUCUCCAUCAUCAAACUCAUCAGCACCACCGCCGUCGCUGCCAUUUCAGUCACCAUCACUGCCAUCACCACCACCCCCACCACCACCACCGUCACCAUUGGCAUCUCCAUCACUACCACUACAGCUGUCACCACCAUCGUAA